AUGACCACACGAGCAGCACUGGAUGCACAUGAACGCUUGCUGAGCGCUGAGAUCACCAAGGGUGGUGGAGGCGGUUACGAGAUGUUGUCCGCAGAGCUGGCGACAGACGCAGCAGGCACGACAGCGGUGAUAGUGCUAGUCCGUGAGAUGGAAGACUUGUCACCCUCGCAACAAAAACGACGCGGCCGCCCUCCUAAACGUUUUUGGAGCCGGGGGCGGCCUCGCAAGGCCGGCACUGCCCACCAAGACCACACGAAGGCCUCCAAAAGCGGAUUCUCUCAGUCCAAGCAAGGUCAGGCAACGCAACUUGACAACUCACUUCCCCCCGGUGCUGGAGUACCCCUCACACGCGAUGAAGAGAUGCGCAUGCGAUCCACGUCAUCCGUCCUCCUUGAUUGGUUUGGUCACCCCGGUGAUUCACCUCGGGAUGUUCGUGCCCACUCCUUUGCGGUACGAUGGCACCCGGUGAUGGUGCCAUCUGAAGAUGCCCUUACAGCGGCGCGAGAGGAGCGGCGCCCGGUCCUCCGUUGGGAAUACUAUUGCAGUGGCAUGCAUGAUCUGGUUGUUGAUGAUGAGGUAGCUGAAGGGGAAAAGAGAGAGUGGAGUGAUGCAGGCAGCGAGGAUGAGGUUUCCGAAAGAGGGAGGAGCAAGGCGGGGGACUUGAGAAGUGAAGAGUGGGAUGACAGAGCCUCCAGUGAUCAGCCGCUUGGUGGGGAUAGCCUGCACGAGCAGCACUCCAGUGAUGAUGAGCCAAAUGUAGAGGAAGGCCACCGUCGAGGAAGAUGGCAGCGAUGCACGCAUCGUGUACGACUCCAUGUGGAAGUAUGUGCCAAUGAUCUCGGUGUCGCCAAGAUUUGGAUGUUUGGCAAGCAUCGUGACGUCAGAACCUCCCAGCACCGUUAUCUGCAAUUCUCUCGGCGAAUACGCAAUCUCGCACAAGAACGCAUGCAGACAGUCGGUGCGAAGGUCAGCGCAGUUGCUAAAGUGCCCUCAUGGAGGUAUCCCAAUAAUGACCAGUUGCGUAACAUGCUGCGACCAGUGCGGCAACGUGAGACGUUGGACCGGAAUCCACUAUUUGCUGCCCACCUCCUGGUUGACCGAAACAGGGAUAGGAUGUAUUUCUACCAUCCUCAUGAUUUUCGUCAGCCAGACCCACUUUCGCCCUUCACGGUAGCUAUUGCCGAUUCUCAUUCACUCGACAGCAUAAUUCUCAAUGCUGGGCUGCGCGGUCUCGCAUUGGACUCCAGUUGGCGCAACAAGAAUGAAAACCGCGCAGCCAUGACACUUUUGAGCACGGUCAACGAUCACAAACAUGUUAUGCCAGGGGCGGUUUUAUUGUCCGCUAACGUGCAAACGGAAACACUUACAGAGUUCCUUCGUGUCACUCGGGACCGACUUAUUGCACGAGCGCAGGAGAUUGUCAAAGGUGCUUUGAUUGGAGAUGACCCAAGCACAAUUGAGGACCGUACACCAGGCGAACACGAGCGCAUCAAAAGACUCGCAGCUGAAAUUUUGGCCCAGGGGUUUUCUGUGUCGCACUUCAUGAUAGACAAGUCACUCGCAGAGCUGCACGCAAUCAAAAAAGCCCUCGUGCGGUGGGACUGUAAUGGUGGCCGUCGCUAUGAGCCUGACCUGCGCAUCAGUCCAGACUUGAAGUAUGGCAUUAUCAUCCUGUUCCGUACGCUACAGCGAUGUUGUUGUUUGGAAGACUGGCCAGGGGCAGAGCAGGCAUUCUUAGAUGGUGUGGAGGCUUUGGUGAUGGCGCAAAAAGGCAAAGCAGAUGCAACAUUAACAGUGCCAGCUAUCGUCCAGGGUACAAAGACAAGCCAGACACGCUCAAGCAAAGCUCCACAAGCCGUGGCACAUUUAACUGUAGCCAUGAAGCAACGCCAGUGGGAGUUCAUUCGAGACUACUUCAAGACCAACUGGUUUAUCGACGAAUGGAUUCAUAUAGGGCUACCAUCUACGCAAACUCGUGAUGGCACCUGGAACACAAACAACUGGGUGGAGAGUGCAUUCCGUGUUUUUGAUAGUGUAUUUCUAGAGCAUCGCGUGAAUAAACGUAUUGACCGAUUAGCGAGCAUCAUCCUCAAUGAUUACUUGCCCUUUUACCGAUUCUGGCAACCUGAGCACCGCGCGCUACCAGCCGAAGUUGUUCAAAUGAACCGCCUCGCACAUCUCAUCUGGGAAACACAAUCGGUCAUACAAACAGGCCCGCAUACAUAUGAUGUGAUAGUUCCUGCGCACAACGGUCAUCCAUCAGGCAAAUUCCCUAACAUCUCGCUGGAUCCUCUGUCAUGCUGGUGCCCUGAUUUUGUGCAAAGCGGCAAGCUUUGUGUCCAUUUAAAAGCUGCUAAUUUGUUGCGUCGAAAUGGCCCUAUUGCGGAAUGGCAUGAAAUGGAGUACCGAAACGAAAAGGGGCUUGUCGCAGGCCCUACAAGGAGGCACAUAUCAGGUGAAAAACAACGACAAAAAGAAUCAAAGCGGAAGAUGAAGAAGAAUAGGCAAGCGCAGAGGCCCAUGGUGUCUGACCGGCAUGUGAAUCAUGAGUUAUAUCACCUGCUCCGACAUCUGAAAAGAGCCAAUGAGCAAGCACAUCUCGAAACUCAACGUCGGGCAUAUGAGGCGAAGACUGGAGACAUAUAUUUACCUUUAUCCAAGCGGUUAGCUGGGCGACCAAAAAACAUGGCGCCUUUGGCACCUUUUCGUGUUCCGAUGUCUCGGAAAGCGCAAAACAAGGUUGCCGUUCCACGCUUUGCACGCAAACGGGGGGUUCCCAAGACAAACCGGAUGCAUAACAGCCUGUUCGCACUACAUACCCGCAUUCGUGAUGCUUGUCGUGCAUUCCGGAAGGAUUUGCGGCAGAGGGCAAUGUCACGCAGAGGAGCCUACCCGGCUCCUCCGCAAUGUGAAACCGAGAUGCACCAUGCUGCAAAUGCUGAUGUGGAAUCACACCAUAGCUCAGUGCAUACAGCUACAGCUAGCGCCCUUUUUAAACUCCCAUCGAACGACGGCCACUCCACCGAACCUGAGGCACUGUGGCCUGAAGAACAUGACAUACUAGCAGGCAACCUCAAACGUUGGGCGAGCGAUGACUACCGGUUACGUGCUGAUGAAUGCCAGUUGUUUGUCGACAUACUCAACCAGUCGCAUACUGCGCAGAUGCAAGGAAUUAUUUUUCUUUUGGCUCCACUUGAGAAUAUGGCCUUAAUCUUGCAAGGACUACAGCUGCCGGAGUUGCGCUCCCCUGAGGUGCUUAUGACGAUUCUCUGUCAAAAUCAGCUCUCUCACCUGGCUGAACUUGUCGAGAGUCGCACAAACCAGCUUGUUCGUCAACUUGUGUUUGUCAACCUACAUCAUGAACACUGGACUGUAUUCCGACAUUGGCUAAAUAUGAUCACCCCUGGCGCGGACAUUCUCGCCUACAACUCUCUGCCCUAUGCUUUGGACUUUGGUAUAGGAGACCAAGUGGCUGUACACCGUUUUAUCGCAAGCUUCAUGCCGCAACAUGAUAGGCCAUGUGAAGAGCAGUAUCACUCUAUAUCCACCAGCCUUCAGCGUGAUAGCUCCAGUUGUGGCUAUUGGGCACUGUUGACCAUGUUCAGCUUCCUGCUCAGCUUUGACUUGAAUUCCACAAUCUGCCGGGCGAUGACAGCAGCUGACGUGAAGGACCUCCUGGGUUCAAUUUACACUGCUUAUGUCGCUGACCACCAUGGGGUCACCACAGAGUUACUUCGCAACUUGUUUGCAAAUUUUGAAACUAACGUGAUGUGGGAGGAUUGGCCUACAAUUUUUUCUCCCCGCGCUGCUACGCAGGCUCGUGUCAGCCCGCGCACUUUGCAGGCUCGUGUCAGCCCACGUGCUUCGCAGUCUCAAAUCUCUACGGCACAAGACACAUCGGAUCCAAACAAGUCGCACUUUGCUCAGGCUCAUGUUCCACAAUCACCCCUGCGACUGGAAGCAGGAACCAGCGCAGAGGCGCCAAUAAGUACCCUAGAUCCCGAAGAGAAACUGUCACUCCUAUGCACAAACCCGAACACUGUAUGGUCAAUUGGCAGGCACCGAUUUCUUUCAUCUCGCAUCAAUUGGCUUCUCGAGGGCAAGGACCUCUCCGAUUUCGUCAUAGAACCAUAUCUCGAGUAUCGUCUCAGCGACCUUUUCAGUCACAUACCUGUCGCUGAGCGUACAUUCAUAGUGGCUGAUGCUCAGACUUGCCAUCAGCUGCGUAUGGCCCCCUUGAAUGGUACAGGCAUGGCGCCUCCCAAGAAGAGUGUUCAAUUGUGGUUCCCGCAGACUAAUAUCUUUGAGAAAACGUACCUUGUAAUCCCAUGGUAUUCGAAACUCAAGGACGAUGGACAUUGGUUCCUAGUGGUGGUGUAUAUGGCGAGGAUGUGUAUUGAGGUCUACGACAGCAUGCCAGCUGGGACAACCAAAUUGCGACGUGCGAGGGUUGCAUACAAGCGGGUCCGUAUGAUGCUGAUCUAUGAGCACAGAACACGCCUGCGGCAAGAGCUCAGCAGGCAAUGGGCGCCGAACCUAGAUGUUCAGGCCACUGUUCCUGUUCAGGGACCUGGAACUAGACAUUGUGGUGUAUAUGUGUUACGCUUCAUCGAGAUGGUUGUCAUGGGCCAGGAUCCUGCAGACGAGAAAUUCACCUUUACAGACGAUGAUGCCAUGGCAUUGCGUAAGUCCAUCGCUCUACGACUAGCAGAGGCCAUGCCCGAUGAAGACGUGGCGAAGGCGAUUGCACAGAGGCCAACAGGCCAACGCAGCUGCCCAUCAGAGGAAGAAGACGAUGUUGUAGUUGCAGAGACACCAAGAGCAUCUGUGGACCAGGCUUUGGUGGUACCGAUCAAAGCUGUCCAGGUAUCAGCCGCCAACCCAAUAUCAAAUGCAAAGACCCUACAGCCACCUGAACCGUCUGGGCGGUCAAGCCGUCCUGCAGUCCAGGUUGGCGAGUGGCGGGUAGUACAACUCCCGAAUGGACAGUUUGGCCCCGCGCAGAUCAUCAGGCUAGAUGAUAAGGAAGACGCGAUUCAUCUACGAGUGGCAACUGAGGUCAUUUGGAACCCAGACAAGGUGCCAUUACCUCAGUCGUUGCAAACAACGUGGUCAGGCUUGAGUCGCUCCUGGAACCACGGGAUGCCAAUGAGCCAGUUACUACCUAUCAUUUGGCCGCAUGGCCUGACACCAUACUUCCCCCGAAUUGUGACAAUGUCCCGUCGAACAGAGGAGCUGCGGUAUGCGUUGAUGAUGGUUAUCCCGGACUUGAAGUUGGUCUUCGACGGUCUGGAGUCACAUCCCGUCUUCACCCGUGUCAUUGAGGGUUUUCAAAGCCACUUUGGUUACGACAAGGACAGGGACAUUUACGACUCACGCCCAACUCUUGGUGAUGCUAGGCAGUACUACGAAGACGGCAUGCGAUACACCCUAAACGACCAUCCAGGCAACUUGCUUGACUAUACCGACGAGGCAGUGAUCGAGGAGUGUGCUAUACACCUCAUGGAUGUUUGCGCGCCGGAGUAUUCACUGCGCUGGGGGAAUCGUGUCCUCAUCUUCGGCGCUGGCCGCCUGAUGUUGGGAAUGCUAACAUUAGCGCACCAUACAGGUCUACCAAUCCAGCAGAUACCAUCAGCACUGAAGACAGGUCUCAUAUUUCGCCCUGUGUCUGACUUCGAGAGCAUUUGGCAGGCAUAUGUGAAGGUGAUGCCAUUGAACUUGGUGUACGACUUCGAAGACUCGCACCAAGUCGUGGUGCCCGGAGUGGAUUUGCCUGUAGCUCAGCUGAAGGCAGAGGCUACAGAAUUGUUACGGCAAGCGGAGGGCAAUCAAGAGGUGACAAUGGAGCAGCCUGUACAGCGUCUAUGCGGCUCCUCGUUGUACUUUGCAUCCUCUCUAUCCUUUGUCCCGGUGGGCUUAGGCACAUCAGAUCUAUUCAUUCAUAUGACGAGGGAGUGGAUGCCUUACGGAAUCGAAGUCGUGCCCAUUUUGCGGCCUCCUCUCACACAUGUUGCGAACUUUGCGGACUUCGGGAGGGAGAUCAGAGGUGUUCAUCCUGGUGCGAUUAGUCCAGAGCGAUUGCAGGGUAUUGAACGAUUGUUGUACAAGCACAGUCUCCUGCUCUUCAGGAAUGUGGACGUGACCCCCGAACAGCAAUAUGCAUUGGCAAAGGUCGACUUGCAGAAAUUCGAUCUGGAGAGCUUUGGGCACGGGAACAAGAAGAUCAAGAACGACAAGAAGUCCAUCUUGAACCCUACUCUCAAAUGUAUCUCGCGCAUGCCACAGGUGUACUUUGUCGCAAAUGGGACCGUGUACGACCACAAGGGCCUGCGAGAGCACAUGGACGCGGCGCUGUACGACCUGCUCCCGCCGAAGGUGACGACAUUAUAUGGGAUCAACGUGCCCCAGGGACCAAGGCAGAUUGUCCGGUACGACGAUGACACAGGCGAUGAGCUCGAGGUACCGCUCGCUGCGACGGCAUUCGUAUCGGGCAAGACAGUGUUCGAUAUCUUACCUCCAGAGCUGAAGAGCUUGGCGGUCAGGAGUAGGGUAAAGAACGCGCCGCAUCCGUAUACGUGGAUCUCGACUGCAAAGGCAAAAUCCACUGGGAGGGGCGUAGAAACGGAGGGACUCGAGAUGCCGUAUGACCAGCGCUCUGUGGUACUGUACAGGGCAAUCUCUGUGGAUGCCUCAGCCGGGCGUGCAGCUGAUCAAGGCAUGCGGGAAGGAGAUGAUGGAGCCCGUUCUGCAUGCCCUGAUGGCAGGGAUGAAUGGGCGAUCACAUCACAAAUGGCGGUGCUGAACAACGUUCUCGCGCAAGCUUGUGAAGGACGUCGGGUUGACAGAGGUGGAGGAGGGCCGCUACUCUUGCAGGUGGCGAGCCGCGUGCGGGAACCAAAGGUGAGGAAACAGGGAGGCGUCAUGCGCGGAACCUACCACCCGCUCGCAGGGCCCGAUUGCGGCGCCAAACUUGAGAAGGCGCGAGGGGGAGCGCGAUGCAUCGACAGCAUCCCGCUCUUCCCAGAGAACAAGGAGAUUGUCAGCGCAGGUCUCCACAGCGCACCACGCUGCGAAGGCCUUGAAGUCUUAACCACGAGAGUAGGCGAGGUCCGGGAGCUUACCACGACUUUGGUAGAACUUACGCCACCGGAACACACGCUCGGUGGGCUUGCAGCCGCGCAUUCGGCCGGGAGUGGGGACGCCUGGACGCACGGUCACUGA